GAUUGGAUCGAUUUGAUUCGGUUGCGUGGUGUCCGCGUGUGGCGUCGUCUAGUGGGGUGUCUAGUUAACCCAAAACCGGGUUUCGGUGGCUGUACGUUUUUAUUUUUUGAAGUGACGUUUCCAUUUGCUUCGCUUAACGCGCUCGCUCCCUGGCAACAGUUUGCUUGGACUGUUGCUUUUGCCACUGGUUAGUUUGGUCAUUUGGUUUUGUGAGUCGUCUCACGCUGUGGCCAGUUUUCACUAGCGAAACCUGUCUAUCGAUACGAGUACGGCACCCCGCCACUUUACGGGCAAAGCUUGAGAAUGGAUAAAGCACGAGAAAUACCAACCCUACCGGCAGAUCCACCUGCAGACAAGGUAGCUGAUACACCUGCAGACAAGGCGACCGAGGCAACGGCAUCCGGGAUUGUGAAGCUAACUAAGCGGGCCGUCAUCACGCAGAUACUGAUCGCCGUCGCUGCUAACAUUACGACCAUCUCUUCCGGCAUGGGCAUUGGGUUUCCGUCGAUCGCAAUGAUGGAGCUGACCAACUCAACCACGUCCGUCGUGCUAACGGAAUCGGAUGCCAGCUGGUUCGCGUCCAUCACCGCGAUCAUGUGUCCUUUUGGAGGGUUGCUGUCUGGGUAUCUGCUGGACAAAGUAGGCCGUAAGCGAACGCUUUACUGCAUCAACAUCAUUUCCAUCAUCUCGUGGGCCAUCAUGUCGUUCGCCAGUACCACGGACGCGUCCUUGCUGUUUGUGGAGCUGAUGGUCGCACGUGUCAUCAUCGGUAUCGCGAUCGGUCUUUCUAGCACACCUGCGUCGGUUUAUGCCGCUGAAGUUGCACACCCGCGCUUGAGAGGCCGCCUGACACUGUUAACGGCCGGUUUUACCGGUGUUGGAAUGCUUUUGGUUUACUCGCUGGGCUACAUGUUCAAGGAGGACUGGCGCUACGUCUGUACAAUCAGCGGUGUGUUUACCGGUGUGUCACUAAUUAUCGCUAUUCCACUACCGGAGUCUCCCAGCUGGUUGGUGGGUAAGAAGCGACCCCAGGAAGCCGAACGAUACCUGAAGGUAAUACGCGCCAUCAAGGAAGACAACCAUCCGGAGAUUCGGGCGGAAAUAAAGGCACUGGAGGAAAAUGUGGCCCGCUUCCGUGCGUCGGAAUCGUCGAAAAAGCCAUCCAAGCUGGUGCAGCUAAAGAAGCCGGAAGUCUACAAACCGCUCGGGAUCAUGUGCACCUUCUUCCUUUUCCAACAAUUUUCCGGCAUCUUCGUGAUCAUCGUGUACGCGGCAAGCUUCUCCGUUGAGGCAGGUGUAUCCAUUGAUCCGUUCCUGAGUGCGGUACUGGUGGGGCUGACGCGCGUACUGACCACCAUCUUGAUGUCGUUCAUCUCCGACAAGUUUGGCCGUCGUCCACCGGCCCUGUUCUCUGGGUUCGGCAUGGCGUGCUGUAUGUUUGGUUUGGCGGCAUGUGCCGUGUAUCCGGUCACCGACACACCGUACAACUGGGUACCGACGGCGCUGCUAGUGGCGUUCAUCUUUACGGCGACGCUCGGAUUCCUCACGCUUCCGUUCUCGAUGAACGCGGAAGUAUACCCAACGAAGGUGCGUGGUUUAGCGUCCGGAUUGACCAUCUUCUUCGGCUACACCAUGUCAUUCAUCAUACUCAAGAGCUACCCUACGAUGGUGAACGUUAUUGGCAACGAGAAUGUGUUCAUGUUCUUCGGAUUGGUGUCCCUGCUGGGUAUCGUGUUCGUGUACUUCUUCCUGCCCGAAACGAAGGGCCGUACGCUGCAGGACAUUGAGGACUACUUCCGCGGUAGCAAGAACGCGAACGCAGACAAAAAUGACACGAAAGCGUAGACGGUAACACGGCGGUGCAAAUUAUCUAGAUAAGCGAACCCACUAGUCUGUGAUAGAGUCGGUUUUAGUAUGCGGAAUUGGGAUGGAAAAAAUACUUUUGACAUUUUUACAAUAAGCAUUUAGGAAUCUCUCGUAUCGUAUAUUUAAU